AUGAGCGGCGGCCCUCCUACCCCUCCCCCAACCUCCAGCAAAGAGCUCAUGGACGAAGCUCGGUCGAGCGUGCCCCCUCCCGCUGCGCCACCCCCAGCUCAGGCCGUACCUGCGGUGGCAGAACCCCCCAGCCCAGACCCAUACACUGUCGUCUUUCCCAUCAUAGUGGAUCUCACAGCGCAGAAGAGCCAUGAUGAACUCGUCCGUGUCGCCGAAGAGGCUGAGAUCAGUGCCACGGUAGACGCAAGCCCAAGCCACUUACUCGUCACGAUUCCUCUAGUCCUAACAUACCUCAUCCUCGACCAGAUACCCCCCGCCCGCUACGCCCUCGAACGUUUACCACCUAAUCUCGCCUCCCAGCCCCUGUGCAUCGACCUCCACCAUCUGCUGUCCGCUACGUACCAGCGAGACUACCCCAUAAUAUACGCCCGCGUGGAACAAAUCGACCACCUAGUCUCCCAGCCGGACUUCGCGGCCCCCGACCUCGUCCCAAUCGUGAAAACACUUCUGAACGAGUUCAUCCAGAACUUCCGGCAGCGGACCUUCGUGCUCCUGUCCAAAGCAUACUCCUCAUUAUCCCUCCAGCACGCCCAGAUAUUCCUCGGGCUCGCGUCCGAAGCCUUAAUCCAAGCGAUCCAAGCCCAUCAGUGGACGUACGACGCCUCCACGCACAUCGUCCGGCCCAAGCCUAUAUCCCGCGCAAUACGGCCGACUCACACGGCGCCAUCCUCGCUGGCUUCCUUCGAUGUAGUCGCAGACGGGAUAGUCGGCCUGGAGAUAUGA